UAUGAAUAGUCUUAAAUACCCUUUGGCAUACCCUUACGGCCUUACAUGUCGGUCUAGAUCUUCCCAGCCAUUCAAUCGCAGACAUCGAUCAUCUCCCCAAUCAAUUCAACACACUUCCUCAAAACUUCAGCUUGACUUACCGGCCAAUCUGCUCUCACAACCGCACCGCCCCUUCGACGCUGGAACGAUGACAAUGUGGAAGGGCGAGGUCAAACGAAUGUGUUUCCGUCCUAAGGCAUGGUGGUGCCGGAAAGGUAGGGGUUGGGUGUCGCAGGGGAGAGGGCUAGGCAAGGAAGGGGUUGGGUGAUGCAGGGAGGGGGACUGGGGUGUAGUGUUGGCGGUGGUUGUUGUUGGCGGUGGCCUAAGGUGGUUGUUGCAGGCGGUGGCGAGAGG